UGUCUUGAGACAUUCCCCUCUGAGUGCGCGUAAAGCGUGCGCAUGCGUGCCUCUGUUGGAAGAAGAGAACGCGCUGUAUCAAGAGUGAAAUCUGCAGGACUCGUGCCAUCUCUACAGUCAGUGAUCUGUGCGCGGGGAAUGCGCUUCAGGACCAGUGUUUGUUCAGACGCACCUUUGGACGCACCUUCACCAGGGCGCGUCUGUGCACAGUGACGCUGCGUGGACGAGCCGCACGCACGCCGUGCUCAAGCUGUGAAUGUGUCUCCUGAAGCAACUGAAGCAACGUGAACUUGGUUGCAACAUCACUAGAGUACAGCAGGCUUGUUCCGUAGAUUAAAGCUCAUCUGCAGAACUAAAGAGCUGGAAAGAGAAAACUGAACAAGCUAAAUCUUAUAUACAAGGACCGCUUUACUGAAAAUGAAAGAAGCAAAAGAACCAGGCUAACCCCAUGCGCCGUAGGCAUGAGACAUGAAGACACAACGGAGCAUGUGAAGAUGUCCCAGAAGUCAGCUAAAACAUGGUGCCUUAGGCUUUUCCCGGCUUUUCUCUUCUGCGUGUCCUUCCUCACAUACUACUGCUCAUACGGCAUACAUCAGAGCUAUGGAGCAGCCAAGCCCCUGAACAGUAGCAAGUCCCUGUGCGGCGGCUGGCUGACCCAAAAGAAGUGGGAGAGUCUUAACUUUAACAUCGGGAGACAGACACGGCUAUUUCUGAAGCUGGAUGAUUUCUUCUGGAGAGAGCGUUUGUCCAGACUCGCACUUCCAUAUGGCAUUAAAGGCAGUGAACAGAUUCUCAUGAAAGUUCUCGCUGCUUCGGCCCGUUUCCCGGAGUCAGAUAAUGUUGAAAAUCUUGAAUGCAGAACCUGUGUGGUCAUAGGAAACGGCUUUUCUAUUAAAAACACAUCUCUAGGAAGUAUCAUCAACAAAUACGAUGUCGUAUUCCGGUUAAACGAUGCCCCUGUCAGAGGUUAUGAGGAUGACGUGGGCAAUAAAACGUCUAUGAGGCUGUUCUACCCAGAGUCGGCCUCCUCCAACCCCACUCUGCACAACGAGCCCGAGACCCUCAUGGUGCUGGUGCCUUUCAAACUGCAGGACCUGCGCUGGCUUAAAGAGAUCCUCUACAACGAGAAGAGGAUCCGUAAAGGCUUUUGGAAACCUCCUCCUCUGAUCUGGUUGGGAGAUCCGAGUAAAAUCCGAGUGCUGGAUCCGCACUUUCUGCACCAGACGGCGGAACGGCUGCUCCAUAUUCCAGUGCAUUCAAGUCGACAGCCAGUGCAUCCCACCACGGGCAUCCUCGCUGUCUUCAUUGCACUUAACUACUGUGAUGUGGUCCAUAUCGCUGGAUUUGGUUAUCCACAAUCAAAUAACCAAAAGCAUCCAAUCCACUACUAUGGAUAUGACACAAUGAGGUCUAUGAAGAACUCUUACCAUGACCUCAAUCAUGAAGCUGUAGCCUUAAAGAAACUGGAGGAUGCAGGAGCCAUCUUGUAUCUUCAUCCACAUCUAUGACACUGACUCCUCGUUUGUAUUAUGAACCUUUCAAACUGACAUGUUUUCUAUGUCGAAUAGAAACGCCAAAAAGGACGGAGUGACACUGCCUUGUUUAACAGUAACAUAAUAAUGUGUAUUACAUUGUGAUCUUGACAUUAGAUUUUUCUAUCUUGAUGCAAUGACACUGACAGAUCUUCAUAAUGAGAGAUGUUUUGCUUUACCUUUCUUCUUGAAUCAAGAUGUUUGCGGAGCUUACACUAAAAGAUGUAGUCAGAAAAAUAGAUUUUUUUUAUAAUGCUGAAAAAGCCUUUAACCACACGACAUUAAUUUUGAUUGUAGAACUCUUGAAGAUGUAGGUGCGGCAUUAAAGUCCAGCGUUUGUGUGUUUGUUGAUUGUUUCUGUUAAUUUAUUUAAUUAAUGUUUUGUGUUGCCUGGGAAACGAAUGACAGUAGAAAUAAUAUUAUUGUACUGAAUAAACUGAUAUUUGGGACUUACACA